UCUCUAUCGUCACUUCAACAGCGCACACAGUAGCCAGAAUUCACAGACCAGCUUCACCUGCCAAAACUGCUGUGCCACGUUUGCCAAGAAGAGAUAUUUAGAUUCCCACCUUCUGGCAUGUGCAAGCAAAGCCAGCGACCAGAUGCCCUAUAAGUGUACAAUGUGUGAUAAGUCAUUUAAGCUGAUGAGAUACCUGCGGAUUCACAUGCAGAAACACAAUAGCAACAUGAACGAGCAGUAUUAUUGUGAAAUCUGCAGUAAAGUGCUCACUGACAAGAGGAACCUUAUCUUGCACAUGAAGAGCCACACAGGGGAAACCACCACAUCAUGUGAAGUGUGUGGAAAGACAUUCAACCGCAAGUCAUACUUAUGGACUCACAUGCGCAUCCACACCAACGAACGACCUUAUGGCUGCAACUACUGUCCGAAGUGGUUUAAGCAGUACAGCACGUGGAAGAAUCACGAGAGAACUCACACUGGGGAAAAGCCAUAUAAGUGCCAGAUCUGCCAAGCCCCUUUCACCACAAGUUCGUCUGUGUUAAAACACUUGCAAUACGCUCAUCUCAACAUAAGGGAUUUCACUUGCGAGUUGUGCAAGAAGUCGUUCAUUUGCAAACCCAAACUGGAGGAACAUAUGAAAGUUCACACAGGAGAAAAACCAUAUGAAUGCCAUAUAUGUCAUCGUGCCUUCAACAAGAAGAACAAUCUUCGGACGCACAUGUACAUUCACUCUAAUAACAAGAGAUAUAAGUGUGAGCUGUGUGGAGAAGGCUUUAUGCGAAGAUCCGCAAUAGAGAACCACAUACUUGACCGACACCACGGGCUUGAGUUUAUGCUAAGCUCAAACACGCCGAGGGGCAACAAGGAGGGUGGGAUGGGGACCUCUGCAACCUCGCCCUUCAUUUCAGUGGUGGGAGCCGAGGAUGGCAGCACGGACGAUAGCUACAUUGUGAUCUAUGCUGACGAGGAUGAGGAACUGGAGAACUCCCAAGAGAUGGAGGUUACGGUCUCAGCAGAGGGAGGAGAGACCAGUGCUGGCCUUACAAGCAAACACUUACCACUGGGAGGAAGCUGCCAUGCUGGGAGUUCUGUUACAGUGGAACAGCAGCCCGAUGUAUUAUCCAGAGUCAUCUUGAAGGAAGAAACCCCAAAUGAUAAUGCAGAAGCAAUAAUUGCAUUCAUGUCAACCGAGGAUGAGGUGGUGGUGCCCACAAUCACAAUGCAAGAAGAUGGUUCCUCAAACAUUGACCAGGUGAUGGAGAUAGAUCCCGCUCAGUUCAGUCAGGAAGUAGUAACGUGUAGUGGGACAGUGGCCGAGUACACGUAAACAUAGGCUGCAUAGAGGGGAAAUCCUAGAACAUCCUGAUACAAACUGAACUGUACUUUUAUUUAUGAAGACACAGAAACAAAUACUAUCUGAAGAAAAAAAGUGCAAACUCAACUUAUAUUCCUAUUCCUUGUACUCAGGUUUCCAACUUACUCUAAUAAAAUAUUAAUUGUGGCCUGACUUGACUGUGAUAAAUAUAACACUUAAUGUUUAGUGGAUCUCAGAAAGGAAAGCAGUGUUAUUGUGUUAUUUUAAGUUGUCUAAUUAAAACCUUUUUCCAACUUCCACACACAAAAUGUGAAUUAAUAUAUUUUGAUUGAUCUGUGAAAUAUAUCAAGUAAUAUAAAACUUUAAAUUAGUGUGUGAAAUUAUUCACUCGGAAGUCUAGGUGAACAUUACUCCGACUCUGUAAAAAGGAGGGAGAGAAAGAACAUCCAUGACGCUCUCCUUGAGUCCACAAUGCAUAUAAUUUGCCAUCUUUGUAUCAUUCUGGGAUAGAACGAUACAAGUAUUCCUCUAUUCAUGAUGGGAAUAUAAUGCAUGUAUUUUGUGUUCACUGUUCAAGAUCUGUAAAUACCCAGGGAACUUUUCAUCGAACUAGCCAGUGAAUGAAAUCCCUAUAAAGUAAAGUUAUCGAAUUUGUCCUCCUAUGUGAAUUAUGUUAACUGACCAAAUAUAAGAAAGAAUAUGCCAA